CAGGUCCCCCCUCCCCUCCUCCUCCCCAUCCUCCUCCUCCUUAGCGCAUCUCCCUCGCUUGGGACAAGAGAGGAUCCACUGGAACGGGACAGACAGAGACACUCCUACACGUUCAGAUCACUGAAGGUGGACGAUCCUCGCCGUCAUUCUGUUCCUCUUCACGCUCUUUCAGUCGUUAUCCGAUGCCAGGAAGAGGGACAGUCAAUAAAACCGCCAGCCAGACCUACCGACACCUGGGCACUUUCAACGGAACGAUUCGUGAAAGGACGGAUUAAAGUUGGACAAAGUUUUUGUCCACGGGGGAAAUUAGCGUGUCGUCCGCUUGAUAAGAGCAAAACGAGAGAGAGGCGGCGAUUUUUUUCUUCUUCUUCAGCAAGAGACACGGAUACAUGCCGCAAAACACAGCGGUCGCGUACGAGCUUCAUUCGAGGCUGUUGUGAGUUUUUUGGAGCAGUUUGAUUAAUUCAUUCGUCCCAGUGAGAGUUCCGCGGAGUUUUUAAGGGUGAGCACACAGGUUUGGAUGGGAAGGUGUGUGAUAGCUGGAGCUGGCUAAGGCACGUCCAGAUCUCUCCAUCCACCCACCAACACAACCUCACAGCCUGCCAGAUACAUGAGCAGAUCUUUUACCGUGUGGUCCGAGAGGUCCAGCCGGGUGAGGAACUCUUACUGUUCAUGAAGGCUGAGGAGUUUUCAUGUGAGACCAUGGCUCCGGACAUACAUGAGGAGCGUCAAUACCGUUGUGAGGACUGUGACCUGAACUUUGAGUCUGGUUCAGAGCUGCUGGACCAUCAGAAGCAUGUUUGCAGUACGCCGCCUUCCUCCAGCUUCAAGCUGUCAAAGCAGGGUCUGCCCUGCACUGCAGACGAUCCUGAUCUUGACCCGCUGCACUUCCACACUCACCCCCUGAACUUACCCCACUCCCCACAGGAGUGUAAGGAGUGCGAGCAGGUCUUUCCUGAUGCCCAGAGUCUGGACACUCACUCGCUGUCUCACUCCGAUGAGAGGGAGUAUAAGUGUGAUCAGUGUCCAAAGGCCUUCAACUGGAAAUCAAACCUGAUUCGCCACCAGAUGUCACAUGACAGCGGCAAGCAUUAUGAAUGUGAAAACUGCUCAAAGCAGGUUUUCACAGACCCCAGUAACUUACAGAGGCACAUCCGCUCUCAGCACGUGGGGGCGCGAGCUCACGCCUGCCCUGACUGCGGCAAGACCUUCGCCACCUCCUCAGGCCUUAAACAACACAAACACAUCCACUCCUCUGUCAAGCCCUUCAUAUGUGAGGUCUGUCACAAAUCUUACACACAGUUCUCCAAUCUGUGCCGCCACAAACGCAUGCACGCGGACUGUCGCACUCAGAUCAAGUGCAAAGACUGCGGACAGAUGUUUAGCACCACGUCAUCCCUAAACAAGCAUCGGCGCUUCUGUGAGGGUAAAAACCAUUUUGCUGCUGCUGCAGGAGGAUUGUUUGCCCAGGGCAUGGCCCUCCCUGGCACCCCUGGCCUAGACAAGUCUGCACUGGCUGGAAUGAGCCAUGGGAGUCCUGGUUUAGCAGACUAUUUUGGGACAAACAGGCACCAUGGUGGGCUGACAUACCCAGCAGCCCCUCCGGCAUUCCCAUUCAGUUUUCCAGGGCUUUUCCCAUCAGGACUUUACCACCGGCCCCCUAUAAUCCCAUCCAUGUCACCCAUUAACGGCCCAUCGAAUGGUGAACUACGAAAGAGUCCGCUGCUGUCCUCACCCAUCUCUGGGUCACGUGACCUCUUGAAGAGUUUAUGCAAAGAUUCGUUCAACGGGGAGAGUGUGGAGCGUCAUAGGGAAGGAUCUGUCUCCAAACCAAGGCAUAGCGGGAAGACGAGUGACCAGUCAGAGAGUAGUGAUCUGGACGAUGUCAGCACUCCGAGUGGGAGUGAGCUGGAAAGCACUUCAGGUUCAGAGUUGGACAGCGAAGCAGAAAGCGACCGAGAACGGGUGCGAGGGUGGGAGAACGGGAAGGGCCCGAAAAGGAAGUCAAGUGGGUUCAAUGAUGCCCAAAGCCCAACUCUUGUCAGCUCCAGUAGUAGUAGCAACACCAAUAACGGAAAAGACUUUCCUGUGCCGGGGCUCCUUCCGUCAUCUUUGGACGAGCAAACGGCUGUUUCCGGUGCUGUUAAUGACUCAAUAAAGGCAAUUGCCUCCAUUGCUGAGAAAUACUUUGGUUCUACUGGACUUGCAGGCCUGCAAGACAAAAAAGUUGGGGCAUUGCCAUACCCUUCCAUGUUUCCUCUGUCUUUCUUUCCUGCCUUCUCUCCAUCAGUCUAUCCUUUCCCUGAAAGGGAGCAACUUAGACCUCCAGGCCACAAAGGGGAGCCAGAAAGCCCUCCGGUUGAGGGUAAAAAACUUCAGGGCAGAAACGCUGAAUCACCUUUUGACCUCACCACCAAGCGGAAGGAAGAACGUCUUGCAGCCAACUGCGGCCCUUUGAAACCUGAAGCCUCACACGUACAAUCAACCAACCAGGAUCAACCGCUGGACCUGAGUCUUGGUGGACGAACUCAAGGAAAGAGUGUAAGAGGGGAGGAGUUAAAAACGAACCCUGUCUUUGGUGAGGAGAGGGUAGAACCGGAGCCACCUAAGGCCGACCCUUCCCUCCAACAUGCAAGACCUACGCCUUUCUUUAUGGAUCCCAUUUACAGCAGGGUUGAGAAAAGAAAGAUGAACGAUCCUUUCGAAGUCCUCAAGGACAAGUAUAUGCGGCCGGCUCCCGGAUUCCUUUUCCACCCACAGUUUCGCAUGCCUGAUCAGAGAACAUGGAUGUCGGCGAUUGAAAACAUGGCCGAAAAGCUGGAAUCCUUUGGCUCUUUGAAGCCGGACGGCGGUGACAUCAUGCGUUCCGUUCCCUCCAUGUUCGACUUCCGGGCUCCGCCCACCACCCUUCCUGAGACACUGUUACGCAAAGGCAAAGAGCGCUACACCUGCAGAUACUGUGGCAAGAUAUUCCCACGCUCGGCCAACCUUACAAGACAUCUACGGACACACACGGGAGAGCAGCCUUACAGAUGUAAGUACUGCGAUCGUUCGUUCAGUAUUUCAUCCAAUCUCCAGCGUCACAUCCGUAACAUCCAUAACAAAGAGAAACCCUUCAAAUGCCAUCUUUGUGACCGCUGCUUCGGGCAACAAACCAACCUGGACCGGCACCUCAAAAAGCACGAGAACGGUAAUUUAUCAGGCACGGCAAUGUCAUCGCCCCGUUCAGAGCUGGACAGUGGCAGUGCCAUCUUGGAGGACAAGGAGGACUCGUAUUUUAACGAAAUACGAAACUUCAUCAGUAACACAGCACAGAACGCCACGUCUCCGUCACACUCUGAGGAAGGGCUGAACGGCAGUCAUUUUGAUGGCGACAAAGCCCUGCCUGGUCAGGGGUCACGUGACCUGGAUGAAGAAGAAGGGGAGGAGCUUGGAGCAGAGGAAGAGGAGGUGGAGCAUAGUGACAGUGCCAGGAAACCCAGCGAGGAUGGCGUGCCUAGCAGUCUGGAUCAUGACAUAAACGAUGACAUCGAUUUCGAGGGACCAGAUGAUCUGGAGAUAAAUAGCAAACCCUCGCCACGAAGGUUUAAUGAGGAUGAUGAUGAUGAAGAUCACAGCAGUUUCUCCACGCUGGAUCACAUCCGUCACUUUAGUAUGGAGGAUGGAGACCUCAGCGACAGUGAUGUCAUCAGCUUUGGCCCCACCCACCUUCAGGAAGCCAUCAAGCAGCCUCUAUACAGGAAAUCUAAGUCACAGGCAUAUGCUAUGAUGCUGUCACUAGCUGAUAAGGAACCACUCCAUUCGCCUACCCAUAAUGCCCCGAUGUGGCACAGCUUGGCCCGCACUGCAGAACCCAGCGCCAUUCAGUCUCUCAGUCACGUAUGACACGCCCAUGUACCAUGUGACCUAACUUAACAUUGUGUUAGACUUCUGCCAGAGUCCCUGGUCCACACUCACACCUGCACAAGUGCCCAAAUCCUCAUUCACUUCCACCACACACACAACCAGACCCUGUGCAUAGCAGCUCACUGUCCCACAAACAUCAACAAA